AUGGCAGACUUUUAUAUUGCUCCCAUUUUAUCAAGCUUUCUUGCAACAGUCGUCACCACCAGCGCCGUGUUGUCUUGGCGUCACUCUCAGCCUGAGGACAGUGUGCAGGGCUAUACUGUCAAGUACCAUCCGGUCGAUUCUAAGGAAUAUAAGUUUCAGGACGUGCCGGGACGAGGAGGCACGGCAGCCACCAUCAAGGGACUGAUCGCUUCCACUCAGUAUGCCUUCGCUGUCCAGGCUUAUAGCGAACAGGGCCGCUCGCUGUACUCGGCUCCUUUUUACGUUACGACGAUGCGGGACGCAGUGGAAGAGGCAGCGAGCAGCAGUACCAGCACGGGGAGUAGCAAUACCGGGAGCGGCACUCAGCAUAGAGUACCUCGCCUCAUCCUCAUCAUUAUCUGCCUCACGGGGGCGGCUCUUCUCAUUCUUAAUAUUGUUGUUGUGACGUGUUUCCUCCGGAGGUACAUCUUUAAGAAGGCUCAUAUGAAAGUGAGCGAGCGCCUUCGACCUCGUUUGACAUCGCCACGACCGCCACGACGCCGGGGUCAGCCACCUGCGUUGACCUGGUCAGCUCGGACGACGGAAGCAGCGUUGCCCGGCUGAU